UAAUAUGCGCCGGAUGGAUUAAAAGCGUGACUGUUUUUUUAAUCUAUUGAACAAAACAGAUGGAUUAUUAAAAAAAAAAACAUGUUUAUGUUCCUGUACAUACGCUGUUAUUCAUUCUCAUUCUAUAUACGGUGUUAGAGCAGGGACACGUUUCUGUUUACGCCAGGGUGUUGCCAAGCAACGGCGGAACAUGGCAACGGUUCGAGCUGAAAACAAGGUGCUCCGUGACAGUUCUUGGGAAAACUCCGUGAAUUAAUUUUUUUUUUUUGAAAAGCAACCACUUUGCUCUCACUCAAGUAGAACAAAUAAUCAAUCUAAAUGUUUUUUAUUGAUAGUGUCGUGGGAAUUUGUUGAAUUUUCCCAAUGAGAGUCGUUUUCUGCAGCUCAAUAUAAAAUGGCAUUAAGCUAUGGAUCACUUGUCAAGGAGGCCAUUGUGUUGCUCGAUAAGUUCAGCGCUGGCAGACAGUGUUUGGAUGACUUCAUAGAAGAUGCUUCUAAAGAUCUGCAGAACAUGGAUGCCCCGCAGAAGAAGUUCAUACUUGAUGUUGUAUCUGGAUGUGGUGAGCACAAAAAUGUACUGGACGUAGUUGUCAAUGUCUUCUAUGGCCAGAAGGGGAGAUGGUUAUCCAGAGGUGAUCGCAGCCAGUUUGUCAUUAUCUGUUACCUCGCCACGUUCGUCCUUCAUGACAUUGGGCUUCAGCAUUUUAGCAACAUUGUCAAAUCGCUGGACGGCAAGAAGAUGUACAUGUUCCUGAAUUUCUUCUUCACAAAUCUCACCAUUUGGAUACAAGAGGAGUGGAAUAAUAUCUACGAUGCUGCCUAUGUGGAGGAACAAUGGAUUGGCCCUCUGCUAAGGUGGCGCCCUGAUAUUGAUGUUCUCAUGGGUCAGCUUUCUGUUCGAAUAACUGGUGGGAGUCGGGUCAAGAAAGCUCCAAUCAAAACCACUGAGCCGCAGGAGUUCUGUCUCACCAAACCCAAACCUCGACCUCUGCCUAUGCCUGAGCUCAUCCCACAGCAGGAAAAAUGCAAACCAGUACCAAACAGCACAUACAAUGCUCCAAAGGAAGCGCAGACCAUAGAGGAGAUAAAACAGAAGAAUCAUCAAAAGACUGAGGAACUUCUGUAUGAGGCAAAUGUGAAACAGUUCAGAUGUGGGAAUCCACAGAAGUCGGAACACAGCAAGCGAGUGAUGUCCCAGAUUAAAGAAGACCGCGAUGCGAAGCUUCAGUUCAAUUCAUUUCAAUCCUCUGGACUUCCCCCCAGUAAUAAGACCAGCAACUGGUCCACCAAGCUCAACAGUGCAGCCAUCCUGAGGCAGGGGGCACUGUAUAACCGUCAGGUGGAGGAGGAGCUGCAGAGGUUGGAUCGUUUGGCGAAAGGGGAAUUCGGGGCCUCCUCUUUCCUGCAGUGGCAACAGGAAAUGCGUGAGAAGGACCUUCUGGAGGAGCUUGUCAAGAUUGAGCACAGGCAUCGGGAUGGAUGCAUCAGUUAUAAGGAGGCAGCCAUGGCCCGCACGCACUUAAUGGAGCGCAAGCAGAAGACUGCUCAGCUCAAGAAAGAAGAGACUGCUCAGCUGAUGCGGAGAUAUGCUGAGGAACUGUUACAGGAAGAAAAAGAACUGAGAGACUUGGUGCAACAAGUGGCAGAAGGACACAAGAACUCGAAAGCGGCUAAAGAGAAGUUACACGAAUUCAAGCAAAGUAUAGUGAAAGAAGUUGCGGAGCAAAGUCGAGCGCUCCUACGACAAGCACUUGAGGAAGCACAGGCAGAACUGAGUAGAAAAUUUGAAAUCAUCCGUGAAAUCCGCGCCAUUGAGUCUAUUCCUCACAGUAGGGUCAAUGACUUUGACGACACAGAGACUGCGCGCCACCAGCUCCUGGGAGAGAUGUCCCUGGCCGAGCUGAAAGAGCGGCUGGCCCUUCUGAAGGAUGUCCAGCAAACGGAGCAGCAGGGGAAACGGGAGCAAAUUCUGGAGGAGAAGCAGAGCAAGAAGCAGCUGCUGCUGGAGCAGAUGGACACCAUCAACCUCCGCACGAGGGCACUGGCACAGGCUACUGCCGUCAGGAAAGAGGAGAGGAAAACCAGGUUGCAGCAGACAGUCAGCUUGCGGCAGACAGUCUUAAAGGAUCCGACGCUUAUGGCUCAGCAGAAGAAGCUUGAGGAACAACAGAAGGAGUGGCAAAGACUGAAGCAAAUCAAAAGUAACAAGGCAAAAACCGCUGAACACACAAAAGUGCAAGCAGGGACACACAACAAAGAGAAGGAGAAGGAGAAAAGCUGGGAUGCAAUGGAGCUGAGAUUAGAGCGCUUUAUCCAGAAGUUGUAGUUUCUCAGAAGGAAACACUCAAGAUAUGAAUAUGUGCAACCUACUCCACAGGCCUAUUUCAUUUUAGAUCAGAAACAUCAUCAGUGUUUUUUUGCUUGAAAAUUUAGAUAUAAUGAAAUAAAACAAUUGCUGUCA